GCUAUUUGCAACAGGCUGCUGCUGCCGCGGUAGCGCGUCCCCGGGAGAGGAGCCGGAGCGACACGUGAUGUGUCUCCUUAUCAGGGGAGGCGCGGAGGACGGGAAGUUAGCGCGGAGUUGAUGAACUUUGCACAUCCACAGAAACGCCAUUUUGAUUCCUUUUUCCGGAACAAGUUUGCGGCUCCCUCCCGUGCGCGCUCCCCCCGGCGCGCCCCCGCGCCCCCCCGGCGGCCCAUCCUCCCGGCAUGUCGCGGCGCAAGCAGCCCAGCCCCAGCAAAGUCCGGCUGCUAGAGGGUGCUGCUGAAGAAGAGGCUGAAGAGCCAGACGCUACUACACGUACUACACUAAGUGAGGAGACCAGCAACCAAGAAGAGAGCCACAGUCAGUCGGGGGAUAAAGAUGAAGAGAAGCAGCUGGAAAGCUUAAACACCUACAAGGUAUCCCCAAGUUCACCAAACAGUUUGGACGGAGCAGACUUGUCCUCCAUUGACGCCAUGAUGUCAGCAGUGAUGAAUGUGGGGAAGAUUGCUGAAAACGGCGGGAACUCUCAAAAUGUCAAAUCUCCCUCAAAGUCUCCUGCACCAAAUCGAAUUGGCAGGAGGAACCAGGAAACAAAAGAAGAGAAGUCUUCCUAUACCUGUCCUCUGUGUGAAAAGAUUUGCACUACACAGCACCAGCUAACUAUGCACAUUCGUCAGCAUAACACUGACACUGGAGGGACAGACCAUUCCUGCAGCAUCUGUGGAAAGUCUCUGAGCUCAGCGAGCUCCCUUGAUCGCCACAUGCUGGUGCACUCAGGUGAAAGGCCCUAUAAAUGUUCAGUAUGUGGACAGUCCUUCACCACCAAUGGAAACAUGCACAGGCACAUGAAGAUUCACGAGAAGGAUCCGAACAGCACGGCGAGCACAACUCCCCCCUCACCGCUGAGGCGCAGGCGAUUACCUUCAAAACGGAAGUUUAGUCACGAUGCUGAUUUGGACAGAGAGGAGAGAACACCUGCAAAAAAGGUUGUCGAGGAUGGUCACUCUGGUGAAGGGGAUAAGAAGGCUGACGAUGAAGUUUAUCAUUGUCCAGUGUGUUUCAAAGACUUUUUUUGCAAGUACGGGCUGGAGUCCCACAUGGAAACACAUCCAGAUAAUUCAUUGAGGUGUGACAUCUGUUGUAUUACCUUUCGUACUCAUCGGGGCUUACUGCGCCAUAAUGCAGUCAUCCACAAGCAGCUUCCCAGAGAUCCCAUGGGAAAGCCUUUCAUUCAGAACAACCCUUCGAUUCCAGCAGGCUUCCACGACUUGGGAUUCACAGACUUCUCCUGUAGGAAGUUCCCCCGCAUUUCUCAGGUCUGGUGUGAAACAAAUUUGCGAAGGUGCAUCAGUGACUUCCAUCGAUUUAUUUGCGAGAUGUGUAACAAGGCAUUCCCCAUGCUUUCGGCACUCAAACUGCACACAGAAACGCAUGUGGUGGAUCAGGGAAAAGACAAGCACAAGCCACAGUCCAUGACCCCACCUGGCGAGAAUCCAGACCAGAAAGCCUUCAUGGCAUCCUUGGGCCUACAGUACACCAAAGACAUCAAGCCUGUCAAGCAGGAGGACAAUACACAGGAUGAGGUCCAAGAAAUGCGGCUCAGAGCACUGAAGAGUAACCUACCUCAGGAACCUGGCAGCACCACCCUGCUCAGCCUCUCUCCUCUGGAAGCUGCCUCCAUGGGAGGGUCAUUUUCAGUCCUUCCCCCUACAAAAGAAAACAUAAAGCUUCUCUCGCUGCAGCCUUUCCAGAAGGGUUUUAUUAUCCAGCCUGACAGCAGUAUUGUGGUGAAACCCAUCUCCAAUGAGUCUGCCAUUGAGCUGGCAGAUAUUCAGCAGAUCUUAAAGAUGGCUUCUUCCGCUCCUCCUCAAAUCAGUCUUCCUCCACUUUCUAAGGCACCUUCUGUCCCUGUGCAGUCCAUUUUCAAGCAUAUGCCACCACUGAAGCCAAAGCCUUUGGUAACGCCCCGAACAGUUGUCGCAACCUCUACACCUCCUCCUCUUAUCAGUGCCCAGCAAGCCUCCCCUGGCUGCAUCAGCCCAAGCCUCCCACCUCCCCCUCUGAGGCUGAUCAAGAACUCGGUGGAGUCCUCCUCCAACUCUCAUCUCCCUCAGCCAGGAGCCAAAUCAAGUCCUUCCUCGCAGUUGCUCCUCCAACCCAAAGCAGAGCCUUUAACUCAGCAUGAGAUGAAGACGCAACUGGAGCAGGACAGCAUCAUCGAAGCUCUCCUGCCUCUGAGUAUGGAAGCCAAGAUCAAGCAAGAGGUCACAGAAGGAGACCUCAAAGCCAUCAUUGCAGGGGCAGCGAACAAGAAGACCCCAACCAUGAGGAAAGUUUUGUACCCCUGCCGUUUCUGUGACCAGGUGUUUGCCUUCUCUGGUGUCCUGAGAGCUCACAUCCGUUCUCACUUAGGUAUUUCCCCGUAUCAGUGCAACAUCUGUGACUACAUCGCAGCUGACAAGGCAGCACUGAUCCGGCACCUGCGGACACACAGUGGGGAAAGGCCUUACAUAUGUAAAAUCUGCCACUACCCAUUCACAGUGAAAGCCAAUUGUGAGAGGCACCUGCGGAAGAAGCACCUCAAAGUGACCAGGAAGGAUAUAGAGAAGAACAUCGAAUAUGUCACGAGCAAUGCCGCAGAGAUGGUGGAUGCCUUCUGCUCCCCAGACACUGUGUGCAAGCUGUGUGGUGAGGACCUGAAGCAUUACCGUGCCCUCCGCAUUCACAUGAGGACACACAGUGGGUGCCAGAAGAAGAAGCCAUUUGAGUGCAAGGAGUGUGGCACAGCCUUUUCAGCUAAGAGAAAUUGCAUUCACCAUAUCCUCAAGCAGCACUUGCACGUGCAAGAAAGGGAGAUUGAGAAUUACAUCUUAACGGUGGACUGCAGUGCCCAGGAGAGCCAGGCAGAGCCUUCUUUAUUGGAGGACAGCACUUAUAUGGACCACAAGCCCAUGGCGCCUUUUCUGGAGCCACAAAAUGGCUUCUUGCUUGGAACAUCAUCUCACGUUUCCAUCAAGCGUGAACCUGUGGGCAGCUUCCCGAUGGAUUUUGAUGAGCCGUUGGAUUUCUCUCAGAAGAGCAAAAGCCUGAGUGCUGUGCAAGUGAAGCAGGAGAACCUGUUCGGCUCUUCUCCCCUGUCCCUUUACGACUGUUCCAUGGAGCCUAUUGACCUCUCCAUCCCCAAAAUCCUGAAGAAGGAUAAAGAUGAUGUCCCAUGUGAAGCCAGGAAUCAAGAGUUGGCUGCUUCUGGGAACAGUGAUAAAGCCUAUAACUGUCUGCAGUGUCCUUUGGUUUUUGGUGCCAAUGGGGGCUCAGAGACAAACCGGGGUGUCAGACAUCCCCAGCCACUGAAAGGUUCAUUGCAUUUGACUGUCCCAAUCAUUUCCCCAGCUCUCCCUGGCAAUUCUGCCUUGCUGAGACCCUUGAGGCCUAAACCAGCACCACCACCUCUCUUGCCAAAGCCUUCAGUAACUAAAGAGCUGCCGCCAUUGGCUUCCAUUGCACAGAUCAUUUCAUCUGUGUCUUCUGCUCACGCUUUGCUGAAAACAGAGGCUCCAGACGCCAGUCCCAAGGCAGCGAGCAGCUCCACUGGGUGUGACAAAUCAGGGAACGCCAAAGCUAAAGUGACAAUCAUGACUGCUGUUCAGAGAGACUCCAGCCUGCCCAGUGACCUGUCUCAGGCAUGUGAUCCAGAGCAGUCUCCCGUUGCUGAUGCUGGGUUGACUAAGAAGAGAGGUAGAAAGAAAGGAACGAAAAAUAAGCCCAAACUUAGCAGUAAUGUGGAUCUGGAGUCAAGUGGGGAGUUUGCCAGCAUAGAGAAAAUGCUGGCUACCACAGACGCUAACAAAUUUAGCCCGUUUCUGCAGUCCACUGACAAUUUCAAGGAAGAAAGUGGCAGAAAUGGAACAAGUGAGGAUGAGAAGGAAACUGCCAAGGAUAAGCUGCUGAGAGGGAAGAGGAACGCCUAUUCAGACUGCGUGCAAAAUAUCCCCUGUCCUUACUGUCCUCAAGUCUUUCCAUGGGCAAAUUCCCUGCAGCGGCACAUGCUCACUCACACAG